AUGGAUUCAGGGGAUGCAUUCGCCGAAUCCGGCCCGAAGCUUAUGAUGGCGAGAGCUGGCGUUGGUUCUUCUCCGACGAUGAUUGAGACCGAUUGGUGCAGCAGCGAGCAUCGCCGGUGCGUGGCAACCUGCGUUGUUAAAGGGACUUAUGGUCUGGAGAGCGAUCGAGAAAAGGGGAGGCUGAGGAACACGCGGGAGAAUAAGCAGGCGCCAGGCGCCAACCGGAGCUUCAUCUAUGGCGCCAUCUACGAGUACGAGCCGCCGGGGGGCGCGGGGCGCCACCCGGAGGCUCCACACUACAUUGUCGCCUUCCGGGGCACCAUGCUACGGGACCCCGCAGCGCUUCACGACAUCUACCUCGACGGCAGCAUCGCGCUCAACAAGCAGCACAGAUGCCGCCGCUUCCGCAGGGCCCGUGAGCAGGUCGAGCAGCUCCUGAAGAAGAUCACCAAUGGCGAAGGGUGCUAUCUCCCGACGUUCCUCUUCAACCCGCCGCUCCUGUCGCUGGCGCCGCUGGCCGAGUUGCUGCGCAUGUCGGACGCGGCAAGGAGGGAUCUGUGCGUCGCCAAGUGCACGGUGAAGGCAGCAUUUGGGAGCACGUUCCUGAGGUCCCAUGUGAGAAGAAUGGAGGGGCUGUUCCAGCGGCUGGAAGAUUGGGUGCCGGAGCUGUUCCUGCACCGGAGGGACAUCAUCUGCCAAGGCUUCAUCGACUACUUGGAGCAGCGGCAGGAGAUUCUAGACCGAGUUCCCCCGGAGUUCCGAUGGCUCGCCGAGGAAGCGAUGGAACUGUCACUCCGUGACACGCUCACCUCCUGUUGGCAUUAA